AUGUCUUCCUCUAUAGUCACCUCCAGUUCUAUCGCCAGCAGCAGCGCGCGCGGCAGCAGUAUGUGCGGCGGAAGCAGGGGGGUCCUUAGCAGCAGCGCCACCCGCCCAUACCGCCCGUCCACGGGAACAGGCGGAGGGGCAGGCGGAGUAGGCGGCGGGGGAGGCGGAGGAGGGGGAAGGAUCACUGGCAUUGCGAGGGCGGUUAGUUUAGGGAAUGAUGUGGGGACAGUGGCUGUCCCCGUUAUUGGCAAACAGCAGUUUCAGCAGAAGUCUGGCGGGACAACUCCUGGCGGGAGCAAGGGCACGUCCCCGAUACACAGUGCAGACGGUCCCGUUAUAAGGACGGAGCCUUUCAGUAGAGCGGGCGCUGCUGCAUACCUGCAACGGUUCCAUUCUCCCCAGGUGGCCUCCCCUGCUCCAGCAGGAGCAGCAGCAGCAGCAGGAGCAGGAGGAGCAGGAGCAGGAGCAGGAGGAGCAGCAGCAGGAGCAGCAGCAGGAGGAGCAGCAGCAGCAGCAGCAGGAGGAGCAGCAGCAGCAGCAGCAGGAGGAGCAGCAGCAGCAGCAGCAGGAGGAAUUGCCGACACCCCUCCUCGCAUGCACGUCCGCCGUCGAUCCGCGGACUUGCGUUCGAACCUCUCCCUGUCGCACUCCUCCUCCGUCCCUGAUGGUUCCACAGACUCCACAGCCCCUACCCUGGCUAGAGCUGGAGGAUCGGGUCCUAUCAUGCCCCAUCUGCCCGCUUCUGCUUCCGUCCCCAGUGGAAGGGGAGGGGGAGCGGGCGGGGCAGGGGGAGGGGGAGGGGGAGGGGGAGGGGGAGGGGGAGGGGGAGGGGGAGGGGGAGGGGGAGGGGGAGGGGGAGGGGGAGGGGCAGGGUCUUCAACGAGUAGUCCGGGCCGGGAUUGGUCGGAGCAGCUGUCUGUGACUGACGCGCCUUUCCUGCCUGGUUCUUCCUGCUUCGACCUCACAGCGUGCCCCUCACUGGCGUUGGAGUGGAACGACCUCUUCUUCGCCGUACAGGACGCCAUGGCUGCUUACGACACGCUGCUGCUGGCGCCGCUGACCACUGGCGUGCUGCCACGUGGCAGCGAGGUGAAGGAGCUGCAGCAGAUGGUCGAUGAGCUGGCAGGCAUGGCCCGGGACAGGAUGAACGGCUCAGAUGAGGGCGACGCUCGCCGCUGCCCCCUGCUGCUAGUGCGCCUCUUUGCUCUGCGGAGCAGGAAGAGCAGCAGCGGUGGCAGCACCGCUGGCAAACCGGCAGCAGCCUCACGCGGAGCUUUUAAUCAUGGGGCGUCUUUUUCUAUGGCUCAAUGCAGCACUCGCCCCAACCAGCGCCUGUGCUCGCAGAUUUUAUUAGAUCGCAUAUCAGAUCUGAUUUGGUACACCAAGUGGGUGGGGUGUAGCGACCCAGACGAUCUCCCCCUGGCGUGUAUCCCCUCUGUAGUGCCGGUGACUAUGCUUCUUAACGAGUUGGGGGCUCCCAGGUCUAAGGAGUCCGAUCUGCUCAUGUGUCACCGCUCUGAACUCCUCCGUCUCGUGCUCCCGGAUUUUAGGCAGAAAGUGUCAUUCAUGAGUCGCAUGGCCCACCAGCACCUCGUGCGACUCAUAGGCUUCUGGGCGGACUGUGACGAGCGAAUCCUGGUCUACGAGUUCAUGCACAACGGCAUGCUCUCCUCGCGCCUCCACCGUACCUCCUCUCAUCUUGCCUCCUCCUCUGAAGCCCACGCCAAAGACAACAAGCCGUUUUUCAAGCUCUACCCGACUUCUGCCUCCACCAGCAAGGCCACUUCUGCUGCUGCUCGUGGAUCUGACCUCCCUCCUCCUCUGACGUUCGACGAGAGAGUGAGCAUCGCUGUAGGGGCGGCGGAGGGGCUUCGGUAUCUGCAUGAUUUCGCUGCCGAUUCUGUGAUCCACCGCGAUAUCAAAUCAGAUAAUAUCCUCCUCACCGAUAAGCUCCAGGCAAAGAUUGCGGAUUUUGGGCUGCUGAAAUCGGCUGAUCUGGGAGGACCAGGAGGGGGGUGGUUCGGGGGUAAACCACACGCGACUCAUGGGUACCCCGGGCAUGGCGGCACUGCUGUGGCUGAGACCGGGCGUGGGGGGAAGACGCAGCAGCAAAAGGAGAUGGAGAUGCUUGGCUUUAAGAAGAACAAGAAGUCGAGUAUGCGAGCCAUCACGACGCUCGUCAGCUGGGCCAUUCCUCUGAUCGCAGCAGGCAAGCUCAAGUCAGUAGUCGACCCAGCCCUCGAAAACAACUACCCACUGGGAGCAAUGAAAGCCCUCGCCAGCGUAGCAGCCAUGUGCGUCCAAAAGAGUGCCGCUCAGCGGCCGACCAUGGCUGAGAGGGUUGAUGAGGCAGGGGGUGGGAGUGGGAAGGAGAAGAAGAAGCAUCGGUAUCAGGAGGUGGGUAGACCAGCAGGGAGCAAGGAGGGGACGGGAGAGAGUGGGAAGGAGGGUGCUCUUGGAAGGGAUGGGAAAGGCAAGGGGCUGUCGCGGCGGGGAUCGACUAAAAGCGCGAGUAAAACCAAUCUUCCUCUUCUUUCGGCUGGUGAUGCUGUAGAGUUUAGCUCGCAACAUGUUACAAACAGAUACAUGGCUGGGGGGGCUGGGGGGUUUUAA